AUGAUCUUACGGCCCUUCCUCUUUCUUGCAGCCUGCCUCCUAUCCUUCGUCCUCGCCGAUGUUGAAGUUACCGGACCUGAAGCCGGAGACACCAUUACCGGACUGAAAUUGAGUAUAACGUGGAAAGACUCUGGGACCUCUCCAGCACUUUCAGACCUCGCCUCAUACCAGCUCUUCCUCUGCGCAGGUGGAAAUAAGGAUUCGAACUAUAUUCAAUUAGCGACUUUGGUAGCAGACGGUGACUACACAACUGGAGACUCAGUCGACGUGACUCUGACAGCCGGAUGGGGUGCGGAUGUGGAGAAUGCAUACUUCUUGAAGUUCAUCUCUGCGGCUACAGGAGGCACUGUCAUCAACUUCUCCGACCGCUUCACCUUGUCAGGCAUGACGGGAACAUUUUCCACGACGGUCACAGAAGGCCUGGCGACCAUCUCUGGUACUGACGGACCCGCAACGGAGAACAAUAUCGACGAUACUACUACAGACACUACUACAGCGGUCGCAGCUGGAGAAUAUACUGUUGCCUAUACACUACAAACAGGAACAAUCCGCUAUGCCCCAAUGCCUCCCAUGGCCCAGACUUCGAUUACCGCAAAGAAUGCCUCGCCUCAGUGGCCAACAAGUGCGUAUACUGUGUACAAGACGGUGGCAGGGACACCAAAUGCCGCGACUACAAACACUCUAGCCCUCACCUUCAGUACCUCAAGUCGAGAAGCGACAGUUGCUGCGGCUGGUCAACCAACUGACACGGCGAUGGCAAAGUUCUUGGAUCGGUGGAAGGACUGA